UAAAGUGCGAAAUUUGCAACAAAAUUUUUUACUUCCAUUUUUGCGUUGAAUUUAUCGUAAUCUAUUAGUCAUAUAUUAAGCUAGGGUUAUAAACAGUGCUCCAGUUUUGAAUCGGCAAUCCAAUUGCGUUAUUUCAGCCGUGUACAUAGUCUAAAAUUUCUUCCCCACAUGUCGUCGUCUCUACGUGCUUAAGUUGUGUGUUAAAAGCAACCACAAAUAUAUGCAUUGAUAUAAACCAAAGUAUAAUCAAAGAAUACCCCAACGGAGAAGCAAAAAACAAAAGGAAACUGCGAAGGAAGCAAAGUCAACGAGCGCUUAACGUCCUCUUCUUUUCAUUUGUUCGUCGGCGUUUUUUUUUGUUGUACAUGCAGUGUUAGAAAGCUCCUGUGGCGACAGCGAAAAGAAACCGCGCUUAACUCCUCCACAAAACACAAAAACGGCAACACAACAACAACACACAUACACGCACAACAGCGCGAGCGCGGCUCCUUGGCCUUCUUUCUGCUAGUGUGUGGUUGUUGUUGCUGCUGCUGCUUGUGCCGCCGCCGUCGCUGCUUUAUCGACGCAAACUGUUCAACUGUCAUGGCCGGUAAUGGAGAGGCGUCCUGGUGCUUCUCACAGAUUAAGGGCGCCUUGGACGAUGAUGUCACAGAUGCGGAUAUCAUAUCCUGCGUGGAAUUCAAUCACGAUGGCGAGCUGCUGGCCACCGGCGACAAGGGCGGUCGCGUCGUCAUCUUUCAGCGUGAUCCUGCCUCGAAAGCCGCCAAUCCGCGACGCGGCGAAUACAAUGUCUAUUCGACAUUCCAAUCGCACGAGCCCGAAUUCGAUUACCUCAAGUCGCUGGAGAUCGAGGAGAAGAUCAACAAAAUCCGAUGGCUGCAACAGAAGAAUCCCGUGCACUUUCUGCUUUCCACCAACGACAAGACGGUCAAGUUGUGGAAGGUCAGCGAGCGCGACAAGUCCUUUGAGGGCUACAACACGAAAGAGGAGAACGGUCUGAUCAGGGAUCCCCAAAAUGUAACCGCCUUACGAGUUCCUUCUGUGAAGCAGAUACCGCUUAUGGUGGAGGCCUCGCCGCGUCGCACCUUCGCCAAUGCACACACCUAUCACAUAAAUUCAAUUAGCGUUAAUUCCGAUCAAGAGACGUUCCUCUCCGCCGACGAUUUGCGCAUCAAUCUCUGGCACUUGGAGGUGGUCAAUCAGAGCUACAACAUUGUCGACAUAAAGCCAACCAACAUGGAAGAGCUCACGGAGGUGAUCACUGCAGCUGAAUUCCAUCCGACGGAGUGCAAUGUGUUCGUCUACUCGAGCUCCAAGGGCACAAUACGUUUAUGUGAUAUGCGUUCGGCGGCGUUAUGCGACCGGCACAGCAAACAGUUCGAGGAGCCCGAGAAUCCAACGAAUCGCAGUUUCUUCAGCGAGAUAAUCAGCUCCAUCAGCGAUGUUAAGCUGAGCAAUUCAGGGCGGUAUAUGAUAUCCAGGGAUUAUCUGAGCAUCAAGGUGUGGGACUUGCAUAUGGAAACGAAGCCGAUUGAGACCUAUCCGGUCCACGAAUACCUGCGCGCUAAGCUGUGCUCGCUGUAUGAGAACGAUUGCAUUUUCGACAAGUUCGAGUGCUGUUGGAACGGCAAGGAUAGCUCGAUCAUGACUGGCAGCUAUAAUAACUUUUUCCGUGUCUUUGAUCGCAACUCGAAAAAGGAUGUCACGCUGGAGGCCUCCAGGGACAUUAUUAAGCCCAAGACGGUGCUCAAGCCGCGAAAAGUUUGCACUGGCGGCAAACGGAAGAAGGACGAGAUCAGCGUGGACUGUCUCGACUUUAACAAGAAAAUUCUUCACACCGCCUGGCAUCCGGAAGAGAAUAUCAUUGCUGUGGCUGCGACCAACAAUCUAUUCAUAUUUCAGGAUAAAUUUUAGCCAACACUCUAUGAACCAGAAUACACCAGAAUCACACACCCACAACAACAGCAGCAACAACAACAACAAAAAACACGCCUGAGCCUCAGCCACAGCAGGAGCCAUUGCCCUUGCAGCAGUCGCCUCAUUUUAUUUCUAAUGUUAAUUCGAUUGUUUUCCCAUUCAAUUCAAAUGAUUUGUUGUUUGUUAAAUUAUACCUCUCUCAGGCCCCCCCCCCCCCCCCCCCCCCCCCCCCCCCAACCCUUCCAUACCUGUACCCCAACAAAAUCUUAAAAACAAAACAUAAUGCCAUAGCAAAUGAUUUGUACAUUUUUUGCGCAUUGUUCAGGCGCCCGCAACAAAUGUGGAACAAAAAGAAAACUUAAGAGAAAUGAUGAAGUUGAGAUAGUUCGAGAGAGAAGGAAAGAAGCGGAAACAAAUUUUUUAUACAUAACAUUUAUAAAUAAAUAGCGUAAAGUUGAUUUCUUGUAGCGCAAUUGAAAAGGCAACAAUAAGAGGUACCACUAAAGUUUCAUGAUUACUGAUAAAAGAACAGAUGAUUUUCCCUAAAAUUAUGUAUAAUUAGAGAAGCCAGCGCCCAAGUAUUUGUAAUACAAAUUAUUAAUAAUAAUAUACAACAAAAACAUAAACAACAAAAAAACAAUGAUAAUGAUUAUGAUGAUUAUGAUUAUGAUGAUGAAAUGCAAUGCAUACUGUAAUAUUCUUUCUGUUUGCUUGUUAAGUUUAAGGGAGAAAUGAAAACGAAAAAAAGUCAAGUCAAGGAACCCUGUUAGCUCUUUUCUAUACACACACAUAUAUACAAAUACUACACACACACAACCACACAUAUAUAUCUGAUUGUUUAUGCGCUUUCGACCAAGUUCAUUCCAUGCUACAAUAAUAUCAGAGAGAUGAUGUCAAAGUUUUGUGUCUCAUCAGAAUAGCUCUGGAGUUUGUCUCUCAGUCAUUGCCUGCUCCUCGCUCAUGCGACGAAGCACAGCAAACAAUUCAAAAUGCUCAUUUAUAAACACACUUUUUAUUCACUAAGAAGAAUCCAGAGGAAUAGAGGCAGUGAGGAAGAAGUAAGAGUAUGAAUAAAAUGCGUUGAUAUAAACGAUACAACACACAUUUAUAAAGCAAAACGGCAGCCUAAGUUUAACCUCUAAAUUUAGUGCUACCAAUUCGUUUAAUU